AUGGCGAGGCUCUGCCGGCGCAUCCCCUGCGCCCUGCUCCUCGGCCUGGCCGCGGUGCUGCUGAAGGCGCGGCUGGUCCCCGCGGCCGCCAGAGCCGAACUCAGCCGCUCCGACCUCAGCCUCAUCCAGCAGCAGCAGCAGCGGCAACAGCAAAAACAGCGGGAGGAGGCGGAGGAGGAGAGGCCAGAGGUGCCUGGGGCAUCCUCGACUUUGGCGGUUCCAGUGUCUGUAUUUUUGCUAAAAGUUCAGGUGAAUGACAUCAUCAGUCGCCAGCGCCUGAGUCAAGCCGUUGUGGAGGUGUUUGUUAACUACACGAAGACGAAUUCUACCGUAACUAGAAGCAAUGGAGCAGUAUUGAUAAAAGUACCAUACCAAUUAGGACUCAGCUUAACCAUCGUUGCUUACAAAGAUGGCUACGUCUUGAUGCCUCUGCCUUGGAAAACCGGAAGGAUGCCAAUCUAUUCUUCAGUUACACUUGCACUGUUCCCACAAAGCCAAGCCAACAUAUGGCUCUUUGAAGACACUGUUUUGAUUACCGGAAAAUUAGCUGAUGCCAAAUCUCAACCAAGUGUUCAGUUCUCCAAAGCCUUCAUCAAACUUCCUGACAACCACCAAAUCAGCAACGUAACGGGCUAUCUCACAGCUCUGCAACAGUUUCUAAUGGUGGACAAUUUUCUGUACACAACGGGAAUCACUCUGAACAAACCAGGUCUGGAAAACAUUGAGCUGAAUCCUCUUGCUGCGAUAUGUGUGAAGAUAUAUUCUGGGGGGAACGAGUUGAAGGUGGAUGGUGUUAUCCAUGUGUCUCUUCCUCUUCUACAUACAAACACCGUAAGCAUGGGAGAUCGCAUACCUGCGUGGACAUUUGAUAUGAACACAGGUGCUUGGGUGCAUCACGGCUGGGGAAUAGUCAAGGAGCAUAACAGUCACCUGAUUUGGACCUACGAUGCCCCACAUUUGGGCUACUGGAUAGCAGCCCCAUUCCCAGGAGCUAGAGGUUCAGGUAGAAAUGAAGACUCCAAAGACAUAACUGCCUACCACACAGUGUUCCUUACAGCCAUAUUAGGGGGAACGAUUGUUAUCAUCAUUGGAUUUUUUGCUGUACUACUUUGUUAUUGCAGGGGUAAGUGUGGAACACCGCAGAAGAGAGAGAGAAAUAUCACUAAGCUUGAGACCCUCAAGAGAGACCAGACCACGUCAACAACACACAUCAAUCAUAUCAGUUCAGUCAAGGUUGCGCUGAAAGCCGAGGACAAGGUGCAGAUAUUCAAUGCCCAGACCUCAUCCUACAGCCCCCAGAAGAAGGAAACGACAAAGAUGGAAACAGAAGAAAGAAUUUCCAUGGUGAAAACUCGGGACAAUUUUAAGAUCUACAACGAAGAUGUUUCCUUUCUGUCAGUCAAUCACAGUAAUUACUCAAGAAACCCAACACAGUCGUUGGAGCCAUGUAUAGGAAGCAAACAACCGAAGCAUAUCAACAACAACCUCUCUCCACCGCUAGGGGACGCUCACGAGGAAAAGAGGUAUCUCACCGGAAGUGAGGAGGUCUAUGGGCGGUCCCGCAUUCCCGAGCAGCUUAUGCACAUCUACAGCCAGCCCAUUGCCAUCCUUCAGACGUCAGACCUUUUCUCCACACCAGAACAGUUGCAUGCUGCUAAGUCGGCCACUUUGCCACGAAAGGGCCAGUUAGUCUAUGGCCAGUUGAUAGAACCAGUAAACAGAGAGAACUUUACACAAACGUUGCCCAAGAUGCCAAUGCAUUCUCACGUCCAGGCCCCAGAUGCCAGAGAAGAGGACAUUGUACUUGAAGGUCAGCAGAGCUUGCCGUCCCAGACUUCAGAUUGGAGCCGAUACUCCAACAGCUUGCUGGAGUCUGUAUCUGUUCCUGGAACUCUAAACGAAGCUGUUGUAAUGACUCCUUUCUCCUCGGAACUUCAAGGGAUUUCAGAGCAGACCCUCCUGGAGCUGUCCAAAGGCAAACCCUCUCCCCAUCCCAGGGCGUGGUUUGUGUCUCUCGAUGGGAAGCCUGUGGCGCAAGUGAGACACUCCUUCAUAGACCUGAAAAAAGGCAAGAGAACCCAGAGCAAUGACACAAGUCUAGACUCGGGGGUGGAUAUGAAUGAGCAUCAUUCAAGCAGAAAGCUCGAGAGGGAGAAGACAUUCAUCAAAAGCAUGCAUCAGCCCAAGAUGCUUUACCUGGAAGACUUAGACCUGAGCAGCAGUGAGAGUGGAACCACAGUCUGCUCCCCCGAGGAUGCUGCGUUGAGGCACAUCUUGGACGGAGGGAGCGGAGUUAUUCUAGAGCACCCUAGGGAAGAGUCUCCAGGAAGGAAAAGCAAUGUGGAAGAUUUUGAAGCCAACACAUCUCCCACUAAAAAGAGGGGCCGACCACCACCCCUUGUCAAAAGAGACAGCAAGACUAACAUCUGGAAGAAACGAGAGGAGCGUCCACUGAUCCCCAUAAACUAGUCGUGAGCGCCGUCUAGCUCUGUCGUUUCAUGGUGUGCAUUCUUGCUUCUUGUAAAUUCUAGUAUGGACUUAGGAAACUGAGACUGAGCCAUCUCGUGGGCCUUAGACACAUCUCAAGCAAAGCAGAUGGUAAAAUAACAGUUCAAAAAUCAGAAAUGCUUUCUCUAGCCUGUUCUUUUCAUUCUCUUUGGAGUGAUGAAGAUAUCCAAGUCUUCAAAAUGUGAAACAAUGUAAAGAUGUUAUCUGAAAGUUGCGCAGUUUGCCCACUGGUACCGACUCUUGAGAAUACAAAGUGAGCUGUGUGCAGAAGCUGCUCUCCACACUCUUGUUUCUG